AUGGCACCAUUAUCUACAGACCUCUUCCGACGCAACUUCAACCCAGAUCUCCCAUCCCAAGAGUUUUUGAGACAAUGGAAAACUCCCGGCGACGUCUUUUCGGUCUUGUUGAUCCUCGGUGGUGAUGUCGUUCUACGUGCCUUGGCACAACUUUCUGGCUCUGGCAUAACCCCCGUGGCAUUCUCUUUUGGAUGGGUAGCAUACGCCAUCACCGCGGUGGUUUCGGCCAUCGGAGAGAACAAGUUGAUGCCACUUCCCGAUUGUGCCUGUAAGGUGAUCAAUGGCAAGUCGGGCUACGUUCGGGACAACACCAGUUGGAUCAUCGGCCGUAUUGUUCGAGACUUUGAAGCAUGGGUUCACCAGGACGUCAAAGUGCAUCUCGCCAAGAUGAUCGAUCAGCGCUGGGAGGAGGACAAGCGAAAGGCCAAGGCCAAAACCAGCGGCGGCCCUGGAACAAGAAGCGACGAUGUACCACCACCAUCCCAAGCCGGUCUCUGUGUGUCGGUGUACAAGGCCGAAUUAGCAGCCAAGGGAUACCCGGGCUAUGAUCUCAUGUAUUGGCUCGGAUUUGCGACGGCUUUCGUUCAGUUGGGUAUCGCGGCCAUCCCUUUUGGCAUUCACGGCGACUGGGGUAUCUUGUUGAUAACCGCGGCGGGUAUCCUUCUCUCGUUCGUCUCUGGUUGCCUGCCACAGUGGAAGAAGGAAAAGUGGGCGUGCCGGGAGAAAUCGACCAAAACCGUGAUCCUGACCCGGGGCAAUGGAAGCCAACACGCCAUCGUCGUCCUCGGCGACGGUAAAGGCCUGGACCUCGAAGAUCUCGCGGCCGGUCAGACCAACGUCGACGUUUCGGCCUCGUGGGUGACCAGGGUUUCCGUCACCGUCCUUGCGGCCCUCUGGAUCCUGGUGUUGAUCACCGCUGCCGGCCUUUCUAGAGAUACUUGGUUUUUGCUGGCUGUCGGCGGCAUUGGAAUCCUUCAAAACAUCUUCGUCGCCGGUUGGAGACGAUCCCCCCAGGCUUACGGGAUUCCGUUGACCUUUGUGGAGGUCAUCGGCAAGACCAAAGCCAUGGACACCCUGUUCGCCGUGGAAGAAAAGUACCACCAUAUCGGCGCGAGCAUGAGAGACACAUUCUUUCCGGGAAAGCUAAGGGAAAAUGAGGUCUGGAGAUGGGAAGAGCUUGAAAGUAUCGCCAAAGACAAAGAUGCUGCAGCAAAGAGAGAUUCCAGCAAAUAA